UCUAUGCUCGUACAAUAUGAUUCACAUCAAAACUCAACAUUUUAGCCUCAAUCGAAUCCUCCUACUAGCAAUCGGCUUAUGGCCCUAUCAGAAAUCAAAAUUCGUUCGGCUUCAGGUAAUCGUAAUUUAUGGUAUUCUGAUAAGCUUUGUUAUAUUUCAGUUCACAGCUCUGAUAACCACAAAAUGUACUCUUGAUUUUAUUAUUAAAAUUAUCUCUACUGCAAUAUUUUUUAGUUUUUACAUAAUUAAGUACAACAUGUUCUGGAUUAACAUUCAUCGUGUGAAAAAUAUGUUGGAGCAACUACAGGAUAUCUGUGAUAAGCUAAAAGAUGAAAACGAAAUUGCUAUUAUUUUAAAGUAUGGAAAUAACGCGAAACAUUGUACAGCUAUAUUUACAUCGCUUGCUAUAUGCAGUACAUUUAUAGCUAUUUUAAUGCCUAUUUGGCCACAAAUUUGUGAUACUGUUUCGCAUAUAAACGGAUCUCGACAGAAUCACACAAUAUAUAUCGUGACCGAAUACUUUAUCGAUAAAAAAGAAUAUUUCUAUUUAAUUAUAUUGCAUAUAAAUGCAGUUAUGUGUAUAGGAGCGACUACGAUUAUAGCGACGGGAACGACGCUCUUAGGAUACAUAAUACACGUAUGUGGAAUGUUUAAAAUUGCAAGUUAUCGUAUAGAGCAAGCAAUGGCGCCCAAAGUGCUCGAAAAUAUUAAUGUGACGAAUCGGACUAUGAUCUAUAAAAAAAUAUUUUAUGCCGUUGAAAUCCACCGCAAGGCUAUGAAAUUCGCCAAUGCACUAAUAUCUAAUUUUGAAGGCUCGUUCUUGUUGUUAAUAAUACUUAGUGUAAUUUCUUUGAGCUUGAAUAUUUUUGCAGUGUUUCGGAAUGCAUUGCUUCGAAAUAAGGAAGGAUUUUUUUUACACCUGAUAGCUAUGAAUAUCAUAUUUUCGUUCUUAUUAAUAGGUAAUUAUGCCGGUCAAGAGGUUAUAAAUCACAGUAAUCACAUAUAUUUCACCGCGUACAAUGUUCAAUGGUAUGUAGCACCGUUACGCGCACAAAAAAUGAUACUUUUUAUUCUGCAAAGAGGCAAUAAAACUUAUUCUCUAAAUAUUGCUGGAUUGUAUGUACCAUCAUUAGAAUGUUUCGCCAUGCUAACAAAAGCAUCAAUAUCUUAUUUUACCGUACUACAAUCUAUGCAGCAUUGAUGUAAAGAUACAUUGUAACGGACCAUAAAAUCGACUGUAAAAUAAA